GCAAGUCUGGGACGCCAGAGACAACACGACAGAGCGCGUCAGAACGAUGCACAGAAAGAACUUCAAGAUGAGUAAAAUUAUUGGGCUACAUGUGAUAUUAAUGUUUGUUCAUGUCGAUAAUGAUGCUGCUCUGACAGUUAAAGCUGCUGCAAUCAAUUAUUGUGCAAUAUACAGGUUUAUACACAAUAAGCAGACUGCAGUGUAAUCACAGGACCACAGGAAAAUUAGUUUCAUUGUCAUGAGACUUAUUACAAAAUAUUUACCCUUAUUGUCAAUUUUAAACGAUAAAUACACACCCCUGUACAGAAAGCCAGCAUUAUAAUGUUUUCUUUGCACAAGAAAAAAUAUAAUAAACAUUUAUCUUCCUUCUCGUUUUUUCUUUUUCUUUUUCUGUUACUCCAUUGAUUCACGAGUGGAGUGGGAUUAUUGUCAAAUAUGGUGAACCCAAUCUAUUUUGUUGCUGUUGUUAUUUUAAAUAAUUAAACACUCACAAGCUGUACAUCAUAAUCUAAAUAUAUCUCUGUUAUAGGCUACUCUUUGUUAAGAUUUGGUUUUGUAAAAAACGUAGGCUACAUGAAAAAUACAUGAAAAUUCAAGGACUUUCAUAAUAAAAGGCCUAUAAUAAAAAAUGUCACAUGAUAAAAGAUCACCAAUUUAGAAAGGUAGAAUAUUACACUAAUUUAGAAAGGUCAUAUUAAAAUGAAUAAAUAAAUAACCAGUAUAUAGGCCUAUGCAUUAUGUAACAAUCCAGCAGAAGUGAUAAACAGGACAGAGGGUUUACAAUACCAUCUAUUGCGUAUUGAAGCAGCAUAAGUUUGGGAUAAAAUGUUCUUGUUUACCGUUAUGCACUUAGGCAUUGUUAAAAGGUAAAUAUUCUCAAUCAGCAUGGAACAGGCCUUUGUGUUUACAAAGAGGUAAAAAGGCGGAAAGAAAAAGGAUCUGAACCGGUUUCCAUGUCAAACACUUCAAUUAUCCAUAGAAACUCUGAUCUUAACACAGAAACUUUAUUAAACCUUGAUGGUGGAUAGAUAUGGCCGAAUUUCUAUCGGUUCCUUUUUAUUGUGGAGACGGGGAGGGAUGACAGAGGUAAAUUGCUCUUUUAAUUAAACCAAUGUACCAAAGGAAAUUGCUGUCUGAAUAUUUUCUCAGAGAUGGGGCUUGUGACAGUUGCCUGGAAACUUCAAUCUGUCUCACAUUUAUUCCAGAUCACAGUUUUGAGAUAAAGUUUAAUAAAAAUCUUUGCGCCAAUGAAAGCCUACCCUUUCACGUCCACCACCACAAUGCGACAGAACUGCGGAGGAAGCCUUAUGUUUAACAUGUAUCUCUCAGACCCCACAGAAAAUCUUCUGAAGGAAAGCAAAAGCCCUUCUUGGACCCCCAUCAACACAGGCGUGCAAAAAGGAAGUGGACAAACCCAGCUAUGGCAGUUUCUCCUGGAGCUACUGUCUGACAGCGCCAAUAUGUCCUGCAUCGCCUGGGAGGGCACCAAUGGAGAAUUUAAACUGAUAGACCCGGACGAGGUGGCCAGACGGUGGGGGGAACGCAAGAGUAAACCGAACAUGAACUAUGACAAACUGAGCCGAGCUCUGCGCUAUUACUACGACAAAAACAUCAUGACCAAGGUGCACGGAAAGCGUUACGCGUACAAAUUUGACUUUAACGGCCUGGCGCAAGUGUGCCAGCCCUCCUCAACCGAACAAGCUAUUUACAAAUUCCAGAGCAACUUCGCACCUAUCCAGUUUUCAGGCAUUUCCAAACUCAGUCUGGUUGCUCCAGGUGCUGGUCCGUCGGGGUUCUCAUACUGGCCCGGAUCUCCUCCGACCCUCUAUCACAGCCACAACUUGCAACCGCCAGGACCCUUCGGUGCCGUGUCUGCGUCCCAUUUAAGUUGCGUUAACAAUAUCAACAGGUUAAAUAACCUAAAUAAUAUCAAUAAUCACUAUAACUGAUUUUGGGAAUGACAUUUGGUGGAUUGUUAAUGUUCUUCACUUUAAAAUAAGAAAGCAGUUUAGCACUGUCUUAUUUAAAACAAAUCACACUAUCACUUUGUCACUGAUUGAUUCAUCGUUGAGGGGUCAUAGACUGCAUUUUUAUUUUAUUUUAUAAUGUUUUCUGAGGGUCACUUAGGCCUAUACGUGUGAUUUUACAUGAAAAAAACAUAAUUUAGAAGUAAUAGACUAUUUUCUAUCCUGUUUUUGAGCCUCUCUGCAGAACGGUCUGGAACAGACAACGCAAUAGUGGUAAAAGCAAGUUUAUUCGCACUUAUGUGUUAGACCAACUAAGCACUGCUUCAUCGUUUACUUUCAGUCUCUCUGGAAAGCCUGCAUCAUAGCCUACUGUCUUGUUUAAAAAUGAAUCCAUAGCAAAGUAAAGCAACAAACAAACACUGUUUCACUGAUGCGAUCUGGAGCUCUUUGCUAAAUUUUAUCAUUAUAAUCAGCGAUUCUGAUUACACUGGAUGCGGCAGAGGUUGACUACAAACCCCCGACAGUAAACUGAUGUCUCGUACUAUUUCUGAGAUGUAAGCAUGUGCGCCGCUUCUGACCAGAAAGAGAAACUGAUUCGCGGCAUGACAAUGGCUCUCGCUCCGAUCUAGUUGGAUCACAAGGCAAUUCAAAGACUAUUUUUCACAACUUGCACUACUGUGUCUUGUUAUCUUGUAAUCUCAUCUGUGUGGUUCUGUUGAUGAAGUAGCCUGUGUUUGCGUCUCUCUAUUUCCCCUCAUCCUACUACAAGCGAGUAUCAGUGGGCGGGGCUAAAGAGGCAGUGAUGUAGAAGCAGGCGUUGAUCUUCUCCUGCAGAGGCGGUGCUUAUAGCCACACUAUCAUGUCAAUAAUAUGUAAUUAUUUUAACUAACUAGAAAGUUUUGAGUUUUUAAACUUACCGGGCUGCGUUUCCCAAAAGCUUCUAAGCCUAAGAAGUUCGUAAAAA